GCUGUUUAAAGACACUACUAGGGUGCUAGUGAUAUGUAAAUGUAACGUUUCUGCAGAUACCUAUGCAUGUCUGUGGUUUCUGGGAUUUAAAAUCUGAAACUGAUGCAUUUCAACUUCCACUCAUCAUUUAAUGUAAUGGCACUUCCAAGUUGUGGUUUACGGGGAUUCUGAACACUAGGAAACUCUGAUGCCUAUUCCAUCAGGAAGUCAAGGACGAAAGCCUGUGAUUAUCUGCAAGCUGUGUGCACAUGUAUAUGCAAUUCUCAUGUGCAAAUAAUAUGCAAUGGCACUUCCAAGUUGUGGUUUGCGGGGAUUCUGAACACUAGGAUACUCUGAUGCCUAUUCCAUCAGGAAGUCAAGGACGAAAGCCUGUGAUUAUCUGCAAGCUGUGUGCACAUGUAUAUGCAAUUCUCAUGUGCAAAUAAUAUGCAAAACUGUCAUUGACACAUUGGAAGCUAAAUCACGUGCCAUUGCUGCAAGAAAUGGUUGCCUAUAUAAAUCGUCGUUUAUGAGGAUCCAAAGAGCGUUUAACUCUCGACUUGUAAGCUUCUAUGAUCAUUGCAGUUCUGAUAGAUCUAACUGCACUGCUUUUUUGGUUCUCCAGGUACUACAUGAAUCAUGAAGAUGCUAUGGUGAGCUACUGAGAAGCCAGUGAUGUUGCAAGUGCAACAUGGUGUGGAGCUGGCUGACCUAACUGCCCACUGAUGGUGUUAAGAUGCCCCUCCUGAGACUCAUCCCCUGUCUGGCCUGCCUUGCCCUCAGCCUGAUUUGGGAUGUCCAGCUGCCAGCUGCCAGCCAUGCCCACUGCCAACUGACACAGCAAGCUGCCCUGUGUAAAGACUUUCAGCUCUCAUCUGUGCCCACAGACUUACCAAAAAACAUCAAGGAACUCCAGCUCAAUAAUAAUCCCAUCAGAGUGCUGAAAAACACCUCCCUCUCCUGCUGUCCUCACCUCAAGGUCCUGAGCUGUGCCAGCUGCUGCUUGGAAACCAUUGAGGCACACACCUUCCAUAAUGCCCUUAACAUAGAGAACCUCAACCUUGCUAAAAACCACAUUCACACUGGGUACCAGCAGACCAGUCAGGCCCUAUGGCAUCUAGCCCAACUAAAGGUUUUGGACCUUUCUGAAAAUGGGCUGACAGAAAACAUGGUUUCUCUCUUUCUGCAUAACAUGUCUUCACUUGAGCGCCUCUCUCUCUCUGGGAACAUUAUGUUGAGACUGGACCAGACUAUCUUCCAUAACCUCCAUCGGUUGGAGGAGUUGAACAUGGAGAGCAAUGCACUCUUUGAGAUUGAGGGAGGGGCAUUCAAUAGUCUGCAGAGUCUGCAAAGACUCAAUCUGGCCUUCAACAACCUGCUAUGCCUGGUGAACUUCCGGCUUACCCGACUCUUGGUCCUGAACGCCAGCCACAACAACCUGGAGUGGUUCAUCUCUGACCAGGACGUGAAAGAACCUUUCCACUUACAAACCCUGGACCUGCGGGACAACAGGCUCCUCUUCUUUCCUUUCCUGCCCACCCUCAGCCAUGUCCAGACUCUGCUCUUGUCUGACAACCAGAUUGGCUUCUAUCAGCACUUUGCCAACAUCAGUUCCUUAAACUGGACCACCCAUGUGCAGUUUUUCAAUCUGUACGGAAACAUAAGCAAUGUAACAGUUGAGCUUUGGGAUGAGACCCUCCAUGGGGACAUCUCCUCAGUGGAGCUGCUGGACCUGACUGGGAACCGUGUUGUUUACUUCCCACGGGGCUUUCUGGGUAAGAUGCAAAAGUUAACAAGAUUGAAGCUAGGAAGGAACUGCUUGGAGUCAUUGGAUUUGAAAGAGCUCUCAGCCUCCCUGUAUGAGCUAGACUUGAGCAGCAACAGGCUAACCAUGCUCUCAGCUAGCCAAACCACUUUGGAUGCAUUAGCCUAUUUAACUCAUCUUAACUUGAGCCUGAAUGAUCUACAGAGACUCCCAACAAGACUGUUUGUGGGCCUCUCCAGUCUCACCACAGUGGAUCUUAGUUACAACAAGGUGGAUAUUUGUUCCUCAGAGGACUUAGACUCAUGCACAGACGACUGUGACUGCGUCAUUUGGACAGACAUCAGCUCCCUGAAACAGUUGUACCUAAGAGGGUGCAGCCUGAGGCAGAUACCACCAUUUGCUUUUAACGGCACAACGAUAACACACCUGGAGCUUUCAGACAACCCACAAAUUUUUCUGAGCCAGGAAUCGUUAGCUGGUCUAAAUGGAACCCUGCAGCAGCUGGGCCUUGGCAACACCAAGACUCAAGCCUUUGACUUCACUCCAUUCAUUCACUUGAGAUCUCUAGACAUUUCCAAGAACUCCUUGUCCCACCUCCCAGGUAUCCCACCUCUGAGGUGGUUGGAUUUGAGGGACAACAGCCUGACCUCCAUACCCUUUCAACAGGCUGAGACUCUAAGCAGCAGUCUACACACCGUCUUCCUUGGGGGAAACCCAUUCAAUUGUUGUGAUAUGGACUGGUACAGGAUGUUGGAGGAGGUGAACACCGUAAAUAUCAUGGAUUGGCCUGAUGUGACAUGUCUGCAUGCUGUUCACGGGACAAAUAUGGUGGACCGUCUAAGUGGAAACUUGUGCAGAAUGAGUAAUGAAGAACCCAGCGGGUGGUAUGUUGCUCUCCUCCUGGUUGUUUGUCUCACUUUUGUGGGCAUUAUAGUCAUUUUUACGUUGACCUUCAGGUCCAGUAGGGUGCCUGGGCAAAUUAAUAAGAGAUGUAUGCGGGCCACCUCGUAUUAACAAUGUUGCUAAAUAAAGACAGCAUAAUAAGAA